AUGAGGUCGCCUUUUCCUGGUUUACUGCCGACCCUGCCAGGGUCAACUCAAGCGCCUUUAGCGGAUGUUUCAUCGAGCACCAUUACCAGUGAUUCCGAACACCCGGAAUUUCUAUUUGCGUCCGCAGAGACAGAGCCUCGAGCCAUCAGCCGUGAGCAGCACCCCGGAUUAUUGUCGCCAAGAGUUCAGGAUGCCUGGGAUACUCUUCGAAAGAUCGAACCCGCUGUUUCUCAGACCGAUAAGCCUAAUGGUUUACUCGGCUACACCUUACACUACGGCCGCGAAGCCUUUCGGAUACUGUUUAUGAAUGGUCCAUCUGUCACUGGAAAGGCCGAUCGGAAGAUAAACCCGACCGUUGCACGAGCUGUGGAGGAACUGAAAGGAGCAGCCGAUGAGGAUGAGGACCCAGAUGCCAUCUUUCUUCUUGCGGAGAUGAAUUUUUAUGGCAACUUCACUCAUCCGCGCAACUUCAGCGAAGCUUUCCUGUGGUACAGUGACUUGGCAUGGCUCGAAGGCAACAGCACGGCCCAGUCCAUGCUUGGAUUCAUGUAUGCGACAGGGAUUGGUAAUGCCGUUGAGCGCGAUCAAGCAAAGGCGUUGAUGUACCAUGAGUUCGCCGCGGAGGGAGGAAAUACACGGUCGGAGAUGACGCUGGCGUAUCGAUACCACACCGGCAUUGGAACCCCCAAAGAUUGCGAGCACGCUGUUGCUUAUUACAAGCGAGUCGCUGAUAAGGCGAUGGCCUACAAGAAGUCCGGUCCACCGGGCGGCCACGCCAUGAUCAGAGAGUCUUAUCGUUGGGCAGAUGAGGAGGGAGGCGUAUAUGGAGAGGGAGCUAGUGUGUCAAGUUCCGGCCUCAACGCCAAGGACCACAACAAAGCCACUCAAGAGUCUAGUGUGGAUGAUGUUAUCGAGUUCUUAGAUCUCAUGUCCCGUAAGGGCCAACUGUCGGCGACCUUCUCCCUUGGAAAGAUGUAUUACGAGGGUGCUCGUGGCCUGCCUCGCAAUUUCACCAAAGCCAUGAGAUAUUUCAGAGUCAUCACCGCAAAAUACUGGAAAAAGGAUUGGUCUAUUGUGCAGAACCCUCCGGCUGGACUCGACAAGGUGGCCGCUAAAGCGGCAGGGCAUAUUGGUCUGAUGUACCUUCGUGGAGAAGGUGUCAAGCAAGAUUUUACCCAUGCACUGGCCUGGUUUAAACGAGGCUUGGUGAAUGGCGAUGAUCUCUGCGAGUAUCAACUGGGAUUGAUGUAUCUUCACGGUUAUGGUGUCCCCCAAGAUGCCUGGAAGGCUUCUGAAUACUUCAAAGCGGCAGCGGAGCAGGACUACCCGGCUGCCGAAACGCAACUGGGUGCGUUGUUUCUAGACCAAGGCGACGUGAAUACUGCGGCACGCUACUUUGACAUCGCAGCCCGACAUGGCUGGAUGGAGGCCUAUUACUACCUCGCCGAGAUGGCCAACUUUGGCAUUGGAAGACAGAGACACUGCGGCGUGGCUUCUGCAUACUACAAGAUGGUUGCUGAAAAGGCAGAAAUCAUGCACUCUGCUAUUGCAGAAUCCAACGCGGCCUACGAGUCUGGUGACAAGGAGACUGCUUUGGUUUCAACAAUGAUGGCCGCCGAGCAGGGAUAUGAGAAUGCUCAAGCUAAUGUGGCUUAUCUCCUUGAUGAACAUCGGUCCUUGCUUCCUCUGGAUACCAUCCUACCUUGGAUUCGCCAAACUCCGUCCUCUUUACUACGAAAUACUGCACUCGCAUUAAUCUACUGGACCCGAUCUGCCAAGCAAGCAAAUAUCGAUUCUUUAAUCAAAAUGGGAGAUUACUACCUUGCUGGCACUGGUGCUAUCUCGGAUGCCGAAAAAGCAUCUACUUGCUAUCACAAUGCGGCAGAUGCUCACCACAGUGCACAGGCGUAUUGGAAUCUGGGAUGGAUGCAUGAAAACGGAGUGGCCGUGGCGCAAGAUUUCCACAUGGCCAAGCGGUACUAUGAUCUGGCCUUGGAGACCAACAAGGAAGCCUACCUGCCUGUAAAACUUAGUCUGCUGAAGCUGCGAGCUCGCGGUUAUUGGAACCGCAUUACCAACGGAGACAUCAAUCCCAUUCGCGAUGAUGAAGAAGCCAAACCCCGUCGCACCUUUAAAGAAUGGCUCUCCGCGUUCAUUGAAAACGAUGAAGCUGCCUAUUAUCAAGAGCUCUACGAGGCUCACGCCGAAGAUGAAGACUUCAUGGGAACUCGUGGUUUAGAAUCCGACCAUGAUGACGGUUAUUAUGAUGACCUUGAGUUUGACAUUGAUGAAAGCAUACUUGAGGGUCUCCUCAUCGUUGGGUUAGCGGCAACUUUGCUUGUCCUAGUUUAUAUUCGACAGCAGCAACAACGGAAUAGGCAGAACCAGAAUGCUGCGAACCAAGCGAAUGGCAAUGGCAAUGUGAAUGCAAAUGUCAAUGGCAAUGCAGGAAAUGACCGAGGUCUAUUCCCGCGGCCUGAAGACCCUGAAUUUAGGCAGUGGGUAGUUGGUGGUGUGGGCCAUUGA